CCCUCCAUGGUUGCCAUGCGGAAGUGUUCGCCGUCGCUAGGAGGGUGGGCGCACCGGAAGAGGAAGGCGGCAACUUCCGGGUCGAGGAGCGCUGCGGCGGGCCGCAAGAAACAUGAGCUCAGGAGCAAAGAGGAGAGGAAGGCCCAACAGAGGAGGAGGAAGAGGAGGAGGAGGAGGAGGAGGAAAAGGGAGAGGAGGAGGUGGCAGUGGUGGAAGAGGAGGAGGCAGCAGUGGCCGUUCAAACAAGCCUCAGCUCGGUGGAAAUAGGAAAUGUUCAACCAGAAUUUGGGAUGAUGGAGAUGACUUUUGUCUCUUUGAGGAACCAAGGCUGGAAACCAGAUCAAAUGUUUCUUCCAGAAGAGGAGGGCAAACGAAACAAAGACCUGAAGCCAAAAUGCCUCUGCAGACCAUCCAUAUGACAACAGAGAAUCAGAGAAGAGUGAAGGAACUUCUUCGAGAGCUUCAAGGGCAGGAUCUGGCUCCUGAAUCAGAAGUAGCUGGUUCUGGUGAAGAUGACGAUGAACCUGAUUACCUUGAUGAUGAGCAGUGCUGGUCAACAGAUCAGGAAGUUUCUGACGUGACACCAAGGUCUUCUGCUGAGGUAGCUGCCCACAACAUUGUGGAAAGCGAAGUGUCUCCAUUUGCUGUGCACAAGCUCUCCAGGUAUGGUUUUGACAGUGAGCGUUGUAGGACCGUCCUGAGAUCCUGCAAUGGUAACAUUGGGGCAUCUUUGGAGCAUUUGCUAUUGCAGUGCUUUGCUGAGAGAUAUGGAGACAAGAUGCAGAUUUCUGCAACAGCUGCUCAGGCCAGUCAAGAAGAAUGUUUAGAACAGAGACAGGAAGAAGCUUUUGCCCUACGGUCAAUCUAUGGAGAAAAAUUUGUAGAAAGAAUUCAAAACAGAGUUUGGACGUUUAGUUUGGAACUGGAAUACCUAACAAACAGGCUCAGCAAAUCUAAACAAAAGGGUGGUUGUGCGAGGGACACAGCAAAGCAGACUUCAAAAGAAAUAUGUAAAUUUUAUCUCCAAGGAGGCUGCAAAUUUGGUUCAAAAUGCAGAUUCGGGCACGAAUUCCCUCCAAACCACCCACUGAGAUCAGCCAAGAACUCCGUAGAUGAUUCCCACCUCAGAUCUAACAGUGAUGGUCCCAUAUAUGAACUUGAAGUAAGAUUUCCUGAAGAAAACAAGUAUCCACUCCAGGCACCUCUUGUGGCAUUUUAUACCACCGAUGAGAAUCUGCCUCUUGCCUGUCGUCUGCACAUCGCCGAAUUCCUUUUUGGAAAGGCUUUGAUAGCUGCAGAGUCUGGUGAACCGGUGGUGUACACAUUAGUGACGGCCUUAGAAGAUGAAUCUGAAAUAGGCGACGUACUUGGAAGCACUCGCCACAAAUACAGCGCUCCUCCUGUUUCCCAUCUGGCAGCGCGUCCAGUAAAGCUGCAUACAGAGUCUGCGUCUGCUUCAAAUCAAGUAUCAGAAGCUUCGGCAGCAUCAGAGCCUCCAGAGGAAGAGGUGGCAGAAGAAGAGGAGGAGGAUGAGCCCCAACAAGUCAUUGUGGAGAAUGAGAGUUAUGUGAACCUCAAGAAAAAGCUUUCUAGAAAGUAUGAUGUCCACUCCAAAUCUACAUAUAAUGAAAACGUUAAAAUCUGUAUGCAAUUUCGGCUGAAAAAGUCUUCUAGACGCUUCCAGUCCAUGCUGCAUGAAAGGCAGAAGCUCCCUGCAUGGCAAGAGAGAGAAACUAUUCUUGAUUUGCUGACAAGUCACCAAGUUCUUGUUGUGAGUGGCAUGACAGGAUGCGGGAAAACCACUCAGAUUCCUCAGUUUAUUUUGGAUAACUCAUUGCAAGGUUCUCCAAACACAGUUGCAAACAUCAUCUGUACUCAGCCUCGCAGGAUCUCUGCCAUUUCUGUGGCUGAGCGUGUAGCCAAAGAGAGAACAGAAAGGGUUGGUGUCACUGUUGGCUAUCAGAUCCGCUUAGAAAGUGUAAAGUCCUCAGCUACCAGACUGCUGUACUGCACCACAGGUGUGCUGCUGAGGAGGCUUGAAGGUGAUCUGACUUUGCAGGGCAUUACACACGUUAUUGUUGAUGAGGUUCAUGAAAGAACGGAAGAAAGUGACUUCUUGCUGCUGGUUUUGAAGGAUAUAAUGAUUCAGAGACCAGACCUGCGCAUUAUCCUAAUGAGUGCCACCUUGAAUGCAGAGCUUUUCUCUCAAUACUUUCACUCCUGUCCAAUUAUUAACAUACCAGGUCGAACAUUUCCUGUAGAUCAGUUUUUUCUGGAAGAUGUGAUUGCAAUGACAAGGUAUGUCUUAGAGGACAGCAGUCCCUACAGGCGCAAGACAAAGCAAGAAAACAAACUGACUGCAAGACACAAAAGAACUGCAUUUGAAGAAGUGGAGGAGGACUUGAGACGUGCUGGUUUGCUGGAAGAUGCUGACUCAGCUGUCAAGGAUUCAGACCCUGACCAAAAAUUGACUCUGAAGCAGCUGCUUAAGCGAUACAAAGGGGUCAACAAGACGGUGUUAAAAACAAUGUCUGUCAUGGACUUGGACAAAGUUAAUCUGGAAUUAAUUGAAGCCUUGCUGGAGUGGAUAGUUGAUGGCAAACAUUCAUACCCCCCAGGUGCUGUGUUAAUAUUUUUGCCUGGUCUAGCAGAAAUCAAGAUGCUUUAUGAGCAGCUCCAGUCUAAUGCCCUUUUUAAUAACAGACACAGCAAGAGGUGUGUUGUUUAUCCCCUUCAUUCUUCGCUGUCCAGUGAAGAACAGCAGUCUGUGUUCCUCCGCCCUCCUGCAGGAGUUAUCAAAAUCAUCAUCUCUACCAACAUUGCAGAAACAUCUGUCACCAUUGAUGAUGUGGUCUAUGUGAUUGAUUCCGGAAAAAUGAAAGAGAAAAGGUAUGACCCAAGCAAAGGAAUGGAAAGUCUGGAAGACACGUUUGUGUCCAGGGCCAAUGCUCUGCAAAGGAAAGGACGAGCGGGCCGUGUGGCCUCAGGUGUCUGCUUCCAUCUUUUUACUAGCCAUCACUAUAACCAUCAGCUCAUAAAACAGCAGUUACCAGAAAUACAAAGAGUGCCCUUGGAGCAGCUUUGUCUGAGAAUUAAGAUUCUGGAGAUGUUUUCUGCACAGAGCCUUCAUUCUGUUCUGUCACGACUAAUUGAGCCCCCCAGAACUGAGUCUCUGCGGGCAUCAAAGCUGCGUCUACAAGACUUGGGAGCGUUAACUGCAGAUGAAAAGCUCACUCCUCUGGGAUAUCACUUGGCUUCCCUGCCUGUUGAUGUCAGGAUUGGCAAACUAAUGCUGUUUGGCACCAUCUUCCGCUGCCUGGAUCCUGCACUCACAAUAGCAGCCAGUCUGGCUUUUAAGUCACCCUUUGUGUCCCCGUGGGAUAAAAGGGAAGAAGCAAACAAAAAGAAGUUGGACUUUGCAGUAGGAAACAGCGACUAUCUGGCUCUUCUUCAGGCGUAUAAGGGAUGGCGUUUAAGUACCAAAGAGGGCUCUCAGGCAAGCUACAACUAUUGCAGGGAGAACUUCUUAUCAGGAAGAGUUCUUCAGGAAAUUGCUAGUCUGAAAAGACAGUUCACAGAGCUGCUUUCCGACAUUGGGUUUGUGAAGGAGGGGUUAAGAGCCAGGGACAUUGAGAGGAAGUGGUCCCAGGAAGGCGAUGGUGUCUUGGAUGCCACAGGAGAAGAGGCGAAUUCAAAUGCGGAGAACAUCAAGCUGAUCUCAGCUAUGUUGUGUGCUGCGCUGUAUCCCAACGUUGUCCAGGUUAAGAAGCCAGAGGGCAAAUAUCAGAAGACCAGUACAGGAGCUGUCAAAAUGCAACCAAAAGCAGAAGAGCUGAAGUUUGUUACAAAAAAUGAUGGUUAUGUUCACAUUCACCCUUCAUCUGUGAAUUAUCAGACCAGGCACUUUGAGAGCCCCUACCUGGUGUACCACGAGAAGAUCAAGACCAGCCGCGUGUUCAUUCGAGACUGCAGCAUGGUGUCAGUGUACCCGCUGGUGCUGCUGGGAGGCGGGCAGGUUCACAUGCAGCUGCAGAAGGGAGAGUUUGUCAUUUCCCUCGAUGACGGGUGGAUACGGUUUGUGGCAGCCUCUCACCAGGUGGCUGAGCUGGUGAAAGAGCUGCGCUGUGAACUCGACCAGUUGCUGCAGGAUAAGAUCAAGAAUCCCAGCAUGGAUUUAUGCAUGUGCCCUCGUGGGUCUCGCAUCAUUGGUAUGAUUGUAAAGCUUGUGACCACACAGUAAGGUGUGAGUGGCUUUCUGUAAAGACGCAGCCUGCGUCGUUAGAGCCUGAUAACAGACCAGGUAACAUCAGAGUCUUUAUGUAUUUGUUAUCUGAGAACAUGGGGCUGAUCUCUGGAACACCAGGCUGGCAGUGAUGCUGUUGGCUGGUGUGGGUUUUUAUUUUGACAGUUUGCAGAAAGCUUGCCUGUUGCUAACAGCAUGCCUUACAGUAGGACACAGGAAAAUGGCAAAUUUUGCAGGAGGAGUAGAAACCAACUAUAAGAGCACGUUUUUCUGUGAAACUGUACAUUGGCAGAAAGGGGUUGUGGUCACAGAACUGCUACACAGCUGCUGCUUCUAAUGAUGUCUGAAAGCAUCUGCUCUUAAAUUGGUUCAAACUCAAUUCUACAUUUUGAGCGAGAUUUCACUGAGGCGAUUGGUCUUUAACCCAAAGCCCUUAAAAAGGGAGACUCAGUCUAAGAGUCCAGUUGGACUAACUUCCUGGAUCAGCACAGAAUGCUGUGGCUUAAAUGUAUUGCUGCAGGAAAAGGUGGCUAUUUCCCCUGAAAGAAGGGUUUUUCAGGCCUCCUGAACUGUGGAACACAGCAGAAAGGGGGGAGGGGACUGCUGUAGCCCCCUGAAAAAUUACUUCACUGGAACAUAGUGCUGGUUGUUAAAUGCUUCUCAGGGGUGGUAUUCCUCCUGCCACCGUUGUAUCACUGACUUUGGAGGAGGGGAGGGAAUUUUCACCAGUCUUGCUCUGAGGAAGCACUGUUAACAGACACGUGUGAAGACUACAGUAAUGAAAUAGUAUUACUUCCUUUAUCACACUGCUGGUUUGUGAUGUUUAGGGUUUCAGAACUGGAACUGCUCGAUGUAAUGGCAGUUGCAAAUGGUAGUAGUUGAUUUUGCUGUCGUCUGUGGUAGAAAAACAGCAAACACCAUCUCUACCACCAGACGUGCCUACAAGCAGCCUACAAGCAGCCUUCAAGCUGAGGAAGGAGCAGAGUGGCAAGCAUUUCUCUAGUUAAAUAUGUGCAGAAGCGGUGAAAAAAAGAGCAUAAACUGUGCUAAGGCUGACUACUGCUACAGUAGGACAGGUUCUGCACUACGCUGAGUUGCAGAAGACUCUCCUGUACCUCUGCCCCACACCUUGUUGAUGCCAGCAAGAGAACGCAUCAACAGUAGCACCAUCUUCUGUAGCUGCAUACCUGGACAUUGCUACUUGGUUUUUCUGAGGUCUGGCAAAGAGCUGCUUAAAGCCAACUACUCUUGUGCAAACUUUGUAGCGCUUCAGAGAAGUUUUCUGUGUGUUGUCAAGACAGUGUGCAGCCCUUAGCUGUAUGAGGUGGCACCAUCAAAAGUGAUGCU